CACUGCAGAAAAUCAGCCCAUCUGCAUGCCCUGUGCUUUAUCUGGCUGGCUGGAUUUCUCUUCGCUUUGUGGGGCAUGAAAGAAAUAGGUGUUUCCCCUUUGCCUGGUCUCUGCAUUCAGGUCUUCGGAAAUGGGGUACACUGACCAGGGGAGCCUUCUCCUCACCUCUCAGUCCUGUUCUCAUGCCUGCAACUAGCUCCAAGGUGUGGGACUUUGUAAAGAGCACCGCAGCUCGUCUUGGUUCAGUCUGAGUUCAGUCACCCGCAACCUUGCGGGUCUAUUUUGAACCAUUAUUCAGUCUGUCCAGUAUAGGGUUUUGUAUGGGGUUUCUUUUCUUUCUUUUUUUUUUUUCACUCUUGCUUCUGACAUCAUUUCCUGAACGCUAUAUUCACUGGGCUCUGUAGCCAGAUCGUCUUCUCUGCAUAUGAUGCAAGGAGCUCUUUAAAAUGGAUUUCAACUCUCCUUUUAUUCUGCAGUGUUUGCUGGUGAUAACGACUGUUACUGAUGGCUCUGCUACCAUGAUUGGUGUGUUCAGCGGCAGCUCAGCGAAGUUCCCUGUAGGAGCUGAAAACUUUCAGAAUGUCCCAAAAAUGAGCUGGAAUAAUAAGAACUGUUCCAUGGAUGUGGAACAAGAUACUUUGUUGGCCGAGUGUCACCCUUCUUCCAAGAGAUGGCUGAAACUGGAGAAUGGCUCUCUAGUGCUGAGGAGAGUGGAGAAAGAGGACGAAGGAAACUAUGAGUUUUAUUUCAACGAUACCAAAGUACUUUUUACACUGAAAGUAUUCGAGCCAGUCGUUGAUGUUUGGUGCUUCCCCAAUGGAACUGCAGACUUGACUUGUGACAUGGACAGCAACGAGAGCAUGACAUUUGAGUGGCUGCUGAACAACUCUCGGCUGAAUGCCCACGAAGCUUGUAUUAAGGAUGGUGGAAAGAAGGUCCGCCUGGAGAAAACUGUGCCUGGGGAAUUUGUAUGUAAGAUUAAACACGAUCAUGGCCUCAUGAGGACCAGGCCCAUUGUGCUCUCCUGCAGCUAUGGCGACCUUUUGCAGUACCCAUGGUUCAUCUACAUAUUGGCAGGAUGUGCAGGGGCCGCGGCCAUCCUGGUGGCUGUUGUGUCCUCACUCAUCUGUUGCUGCAUGAGGAGGAAGCACAAGUUCAUCGCUGUACCCUCAGAGGAAGAAAAGGAUGAUGGAAUAACAAUGUCGGUGGUGUCCAGUGAAGGUGUGAAGAGCCCCCCCAAUGGAGACCAUGUGGAGGCUCAAGCUGCCCAGAUUGACUGUCCUUCAGUUCCAGACACUGCCCGGACUGAUUCAGGCACUGAGCCUCAGCCCAUGGUGGAAGAAAACUUCCCAGUAGCAGCAGAGCCUGGGGAAAUGGCGGACCCAGAGGUGAUAGCUGAUGUGGAAAGCCAGGAAAAUGCUUCGAACUGUUUCCCUGACCCAAUUGAUAACUGAUCUGAUACGCUCAUUGUUCUGCCCUUUCCCGAGUCCCUUGACACCCAUCCUUUGCAUCCCAUAGUCUCGAUGUAAGAAUUGGUCUGAAAGAUUUUAGCAGGGGGAAGAUGUGAUGUGUUAGGCCUGCUGAGCUCAUUUACAGGAGAAAAAAAAAAAAAAGAAAAAAAAGAAAAAGUACAUGUGUGGCUUCAGGACCUUGGGCUGCCAGGUUCAGUAGAAAAAUUGGGCAGCUCUCUGGUGCUUUGCUUGUUAGCAGGCAUGCAGUUACUCUGUGGAGCUCUGAGGACACCUGGCAUCAAAUGGAUGAUGCCUCCUGCUUUCUGCUUGCUCCAUGCCUCCCAUCUCUGCCAGCCAGUGGUUCCUGCGAGGGGCAGGUGGGACAGGUAGAUGUGGCGGCAUGCCAGUCACAGGUAGAAACCAGGAACCACUGCAGGUCUCCUGAGAAAGUCUCUUAUCAGGAGGCACUGGCACAGGAUGCCCAGAGAAGCUGUGGAUGCCCCAUCUCCAGAGGUUUUCAAGGCUGGGCUGGAUGGGGCCCUGGGCAGCCCUAUCUCCCCAGUAGGUCUUUAAGGUCCUGUCUAACCCACGCCAUUCUGUGAUUCUAUAAUUUCAAAGCAUUUUUUCAGGGGCCCUGCAAGAAAGUCUGACCAAGGCUUCGGCAAAGCGUGUGCUAUGCUGGACAUUAAUCUGAACUGCUGCUCCAGACCCCACCGGUACCUUCAACCAGAGAGUAAAUGCUCAGGGUGCCAGAUCUCCAAAAGUUCUGUUGCCAGCUCUCUUUGCUUUCAGCAGAAGAAUGCCUGGGGCUUGGACGCAUUCAUUUUGGCAGAAAUAUUGAUUAUGAUGCUGAGAUCGUUCAUCAGUGCAAGCAUUAGUGCCUUUAGCGUAAUGGUUUAGCUACUCACCGCAGGCUGACCGAGCCGGCCAUCUGCCUGUGCAUGCAGGCUGCCGCAGAGCUGCGCUGUCUGCAAGGGCAGCCGCAAUUCGCAGUCCCUCCGGCUGUCCUUGCUGCAAUGUGCAUCUCGGUGCCAGGCGGGGGAGCCGGCGGGUAGCUGCGUACCCAGCUAUUGUUCUUUUAUGGUUGGUUUUGGUGUUUGGAGUUAUUUUGUUCCCCAUUUUCCCCGCCAUGAUGUUGUUUUUCGUUCCUAAUAAAAAGAUGUGUUUUCUAACUUGUUUCAGAAA